UCUAAGAUUGUAUAAAUGUCUAAAUAGUGGCACACUGGUAUAAAAAUUGUCUACAUAUAAGUGGUAUCCCAUAUAGAAAAGGGUGACACCAAGCCCCAAACUAUCUUGCCACUGCUCCCCAUGUAGUCUGGGCAUCCAGGGGGCUCCACAUGACUAUCUUUUCUCUCGUAAAUCCGAAAAUUACAUGUAUAGCCUGUUUCCCUUUCACAGGUCUUAUACAUUUUGACCCCAUAUCUGGCAAGCUUGCUGGGGAAAAAAUGUUUGAAUUCAAGGUGGCCAGAAAAAAUAAUGAGGGACUCAGCAACACAGAUGUUUUGCUGGGGCAUGUACACAUCUGCAAAUUUCUGGUUAAGGUGAUUUAUGAGAGGCCAAAUUUUGUGGAGCCGAUCCUAUUCAGGGUCAACCCAAGAAUGACAGAGUGCGUUAUCACUAAAAUGACUGAAACGCAUUAUCAUUUCAUAUCACUUCCUGGCCAUUGCAGCAGAGAACAUGGGCAGAUGAUGAAUCAGUUCUGUGGACCAAUAUGACCGCAAUUCAUUCUUUUUUCUAAUGCCCAUGUUAAGGGUGAGGCCCACAAAGUUUUGAAUUUAGAAACUGUGAAAGGUUUCCAUGUGAAUCGUCUAGGCAAUAGUUGAAUUUGGGUUGGCCGUGAUAUAUUGUUAUGCGUAUAAAUUGCUUUGGUCCACAAUCAAAUUAUACAGUUCUUCCAUGUAAAACGGCUAAAAAAAAACAUCAGUGGGAUGUUAGAUUUGUUGUUAAAUUUGCUGUUUCCACAUGAAUUUCAGGCUGGGCAAUAAAUGGGUAUAUAACGGAUGCUGCUGAAUCUGUGGGCUUCCAAUCAGGAUUUGCAAGCACAUCUGGAAGGACACUAUGGGCUCUACAGUC